AACAUCCCUAAUAUACACCUAGUAGGUUCAGAAAAGAUAGAUUCAGAUAUUUUUUCUUAACAUAAAGGGCAGAAAUAGGUGUUUGCCACGUCAAUAAGCGAUCGAUUCCAUCCGCCAAGCUGUUUAAUUUACCGCAAGUCUACAACAGGACGACGGAAGACAGUCGUCACAGCAGCAGCAGUAGUAGCAGAAUGACCGUGCACGAAUUCAAGGUGGAAAUGACCUGCGGCGGGUGUGCCAGUGCAGUGGAGCGCGUUCUGGGCAAAUUGGGCGAUAAGGUCGAAAAAGUCAACAUUAACUUGGAGGAGAGAACGGUUACUGUCACGUCGAAUCUAUCGUCCGAUGAACUGUUGGAACAGCUGCGCAAGACCGGCAAAAGCAGUUCGUACAUCGGUGUGAAGAAAUGAGACGAGUUUUUCAGCAAGUUUCAGAAAUACGGCAAACUGAAACUUGAAGUCUAAACGGGACGAGACGAGGGUAAAUCUCGAGUCAAUCCACACAUUGCCGAUGUCACAUGUCACACAUACAUACACAUCGAACCAUUCGAGCUGAAGGCGCUGCUUGAUCCAUUCGUUCAGUGAUACCCAAGAUUUACCCAAUAUCCGAUAUACACAUACACAACUACGAGUAUACUCGUACAACACGAAGACAAAGUUUAAACUUAAUCAAAAAUAAAUAGGAAUUAUCUACAAAUUUACAUUAGUAUUCGAUCUUGCCCAAGUUAUAAGUAGCUCGUAGUUAGCCGACCAAAGGGUUGAAUUAUUCAUUACCUAUUACUCGAAGAAGAAUUUUAAAUUCAAUUUAACAAAUCAAUCAAAUCUAAAUCGAAACAAAUUGCCAAGAUUUUGCCUCUAUGCAGUAUAAUAAUUAUGAGUGCAUAUAUUUCCAAUGUAGUAGCCAAUAAAUGAUACACGCGUAUGCCAA